AUGAGUCGAGUUAACUUCUUUGCCCUUCCCCUCCUCUGUUUCUUGCUGUACGGAUUAGGAGCCCUUGCCAAAAUUGCUAUAGAAAAUCCCCCCUUUGUGUUUAGCAACACGAAGGAAGGGAAGCUGAAAAAAACCUUUCUUAACAUCGAUACCCCAUGGGAAAACGAUGAUGUGCUAUCCAAACCGCCAUACUCACUUUAUGUAACUCUGGAAAAUUUCCCGAACCCCUUUAUCCACCCCUCCCUGUGUAAUCGAAAUGGGUUGAACUAUUCCUACCUGUGCGACCCGAACAAAAUCCUGUCUCGGAGCACGGGGGACAAGCUGGAAGAAAUUUUGAGCUACCAAAGACGCAAUUCCAGCCAUUACUGUGCAGAGAAAGGAGAAGUCCCUUACGUAUUAGCCGUAGCGCUGAUUGAGCGCCUGCCUUAUGGAGUCAGCGCUGAGACAUUCUCUUCCCAAAUACUGGAACAUUGGAAAUUGGGAAACCGAAAUUGCAACGAUGGAAUUUUGCUCCUCUUUGUGAAGGAAGACGCGACUUUUGUGUUGAAGUGGAGAAAAGGCGCCCAGUCGAUCAUCAACUUCAGAACUGCCACCGCCAUGAACAAGUCCUUCAACAUGUACAUACGAAGGUACUCCUUGGAGUAUUCCAUUUUGAGAGGUAAAACCGGUGACACUAACCUCACAGGUAGGAACGUCUUAAGCACGCAAUGA